UACCUGCCGGGUAAAGACGUGUUUACAUGCGUCGUGUGAAAUUGUUAUACGUUUGAAAUGCCAAAAAGACAGAGUGGUGGUAGUGGUGAUAGUGGUCCUAGAAGGAAGAGGGGAAGGAAGUAUCAUAGAAUCUUGGAUGAAUUAAAACGCCUCAAGAACAAAAUCACAAGGGAUUCUACAAGCGACAGCAGCUCUUGCGUUUCUGAUGAUGACCAAAACAUAUCUGGUACUGAGAUGAUGAAUCAAAUUAUUACUGAGGCCGAAAUUCAUCCAAUACCUUCUGGCUCGGCUGUUUCAGCGGGUGUUCCGCCAGAAAAUAUCGAUGCAUCUGGGGAAUUUGAAUUUUUGGGGGCAAAACCGAAAUCAAAAAACACUACGUCGCAACCACUACACACAGAAUUAAGUGUACGUUGGAAUGCGUUUCUACAAGAUGGUGUCGAUAAAGAGUGCCGUGAAAAAAUAAUGGAGAAGUACCCCCUUUUUGAAAAUUGCCCCUUAAUGAAAUCACCAGUGCUCUCUCCAGAAGUUGCUUCAUGCCUGGAUGAUAAAACAUUACGCCAAGAUAACUUUAUGAGAAAGAUACAGCAGCAAACGGCCCAUUCUCUGGCUAUUUUAGGAAGCCAAAUAAACAAUUUACUAUCAAACGACCCUAAUGGUUCGAAAGUAGCUAGCUUAGCAGAUGCAGCGCAGCUGAGCCGCAAUGUACAUCAUGCUAUAUCUACACAUCGGAAAUAUAAUAUUUUGCCUUUCCUUAAACCUUCAGAUCGAAAGCUAGCGGAAACAUCUAAAACAGAUGAAUUUUUAUUUGGCAAAAAAUUUGUAGUAGAUUUGAAAUCUUUAGAUGCUGCGAAAAAGGCCAGUUUUGAACUUAAAUCUAAUAGAGCCCGCCUGUUUCAAAAAGCUCCUCUUAUCUCAACCAACAAACAACAGCCUAUAGCGUACAAUCGCCAGAAUUAUCCCGAUUUUCAAACCAAGAAUUUAAACUGGAAGCGCCAGCCUCAGAAGUCCACAAAGAAAAAUCCUCGAUCAGGAGUGAAGAAAGAAGACCACAGACGCCGGUAGUAGUCGAACAAUAGGUCAGUGUUGAUUGUAAUCUGUAUGCGGGCCGACUGACAUACUUUUUUCGUCGAUGGGAAAACAUCACUAAUGAUAAGAAGAUAUUAGACUGGGUUAAAGGAGUUGUUAUACCCUUUGUCACUUUCCCA